CAUACCUAAGAAUCUAGAAUAGCAAUUACGACUUCGUUUUACCUUGCAUGAAGGAAAGUGCAUCUCAUUGCUGUUACUAUUGAAGCCUCACCCACGUGGGCAUAUUAAGUUCCUUUUAAUCUUAUCAAUCUUCCUUUCACUUCUUGAGGUACAUUCUUCCUUCAUGGACACAAUGCCGACCCGGUAACCUCCACCAUUACCUGAACGCUAGGUACCUUUCCGAUUCGAUAGUAGAUUUACUACGGAAAGCUGUGUAUCCACCGGAUCUGCACCGAAGGCCAUCAAGCCAGCACCCUCAUUUUCUCUUCUCAUCAUGGAACCGGCUCGGGAGAGUAGCACCACGUACACUGAAUGGCAUCCCGUUAGACAACUUCUACGCUGUCAAGGAUACAAGUUCGCUUUAAUAAUCCUAAACCAACCCAUUAAGGACGAAGGUUUAUUCAGAGAUCUCUGGAAUAUAGCCGACACUCGUGUUGCUGCUGAUGGUGGCGCCAACCGGAUUUACGAUCUGAUCCAGAAAUCUUCGUCGACGAAGCAAUCUCCUUCUACGAGUAAUUAUGUCAAUCUGAAUACGAUCAUUGGCGACUUAGAUUCUCUUUCCGAUGAAGCUAGAACAUUCUUCACCACUAAAUCGGCGGAUUGUACCAUCAUCCACGACCCAGACCAGUACUCCACCGAUUUCACCAAGGCUGUGAGAUUCGUUCGCAGAGAAUUUCCCCUUAGAGAUAUUGUGUGCAUGGGUGGGCUAGGGGGACGUGUGGACCAAGGAUUGAGCCAGAUCCAUCACUUAUACCUAUUCCAAGCGUCACCAACGUAUGCCUAUGGAAAGAUGUUCUUCCUCUCUGGUGAAAGCCUAUCCUUCCUUCUCAAGGCCGGAAAACAUCAUAUUCACGUACGUGAGCCCAAUGCCGCCACCAACAACAAUUUCGCUCGCAUAAACGGCGAACCGUUUGCCAAGUACGUUGGUAUUAUACCAAUCAAGGAACCAAGUGUCAUCACAACCAAGGGUCUCGAGUGGGAUGUUCAAGAUUGGCCAACCGAAUUUGGUGGUCAGAUGAGCACGAGUAAUCACGUUUUACCACAGACGAAGGUGGUCGAAAUCGAAACUACGAAGGAUGUGCUUUUCACUAUUGCACUCAGGCAGGAGUCAGGAGGGAGCUAGUUACCCCUUUUAUGAUUCGUCGAAGCGCAUAGUUGACCAGAAGGAAGCGAUUUAUCGGCAUUUACAAUGGGAAGUCACGACAUUCGCAUCUAGCUUCCCUAGGUCGAAAUUAGCUCAUACUGUUGAUUGUGGACAUUAGACAAUCAUCUCUUCUAGACUUGGUGUGGGACAACUAGAACGGCAGAGCGAUCCGGAAUAUUUUAAAAGCGAUGAAUAGAUUAUACCAAAGU